GACUUCCGGGUGGAACCUGAACGCAGCACAUGUUAUCACGGCGAGGGGCGAGGGCACGGUCGAAGCCAUAUGAGGUGAACCUGCCGCCCUCGAGUGGCCACAUUGUCACCGUUCUGUACGAUACUAUACGCCACGUCCUCGUUUGUAUAACGACCGGAUAGGUUAGAAUAGCCUAGCCAGUCUGAUGUAGCUACGUAGAGGAAGGGUUUUAUUCUUUCCAUCAUGUCAAAGUCGUUCCGCUAUUUUUAGCUAGCAACCGCAAGCUUGGACGGCUAACAGGGGCGGGCUUCAUUGUAAAUCCUUAGCUAGCUUCAUUAGCAAUGGAACAGUGGAAGGACGAGGCCUCUCAGCAGGCGGAAUUAAUUGCUGAGCGCCUGAAUGAAUUGUUGUCCAAAGGCUUGGAGUUUUUGCGCACGGAGCUCGGCGUGGAUCUGGGGCUGAAGCCCGAGUUGGUUCCGCCAUGGGCGACCCUGUUGGCGGCGUGCGCCGGCUUGGUGCUGAUGCUCGCGCUAUGGGCCUCGAUGUGCCGGGCUCUCUUCUCCAAGAAGCGGCCUGCUGUCACUGUCGUGGACCACAGCGUCGGCGUCAAGCCAGAGGCCGACAAGGCAAUUAAAGUGGAGGAACCGAAAAAGAGGAAGAAAAAGUCUGAAAAGGCAUCCCAGCCAAACGGGAGAGCUGUCGCAGAAAUCCAGGAAGAAGAUGCCAUAGUUACAGAGGAGAUAGUGCCACAUCACCAGCCGCCUUCAGUACAAGCCAAGAAUGCUGAGGCCAAAAAGACCAAGAAAAAAGGCAAGCAGGCAGCAAAGGUGACAGUUACAGCAUCUGGAAAGGAGCCAGAGGAAGGCACUUGGGAGACCAAAGUCAGUAACAAGGAAAAACGUGAGCAGCGCAAGAAGGACAAGAGUUCCAGUGAUGACUCGUCCAGUCCUGGAGGCAGUGGUAUGCCUGCCAGUGUUCCUCUAGAGCAGUGCAAGCCCUCAACAGCCACUCCGCCUGCUCCCCAGAAGAAGAAAAAAGUAGAGUCUUCAAAGGUGACAGCUGCGAAGGUGGACGCUGUUGUCUCUCAAGGUAACAGAAGUGACGUAGCAUUGGUGGCAGCUGGUGGUGUGACUGACAGUCAAGCAGUGAAGGCGGUCAAGGUUCCUCUCCAUACUGUCGCGCCAAAGACACAAGGCUCAUGGAGUACUACGAGAGAACCAGCACCAACUAUUGCGGCACCACUGUGGAAGGCAGAUAUUGACGAUUCCUGGACUGUGAUUGAUAGGGUUCCAUCUGAUCUUAAUAUGAUGUCCUUCACUAAACUGGGUGGGGCUGAAACCCAGCCGGCAGAUAAUGUGCCAUGGCUCACCAAAGUGGAGGAUGAGUGGUCUGCAUUCAACGGUGGUUCACUGGAUCCCAGCUCGGACUGGAAUGCCCCCGCCGAAGCCUGGGGAAACUUUGAAGAGACUACCCCUAAGAUGAUUCCUGUUCAGGAGCAGCCUCGACCUGAGCCUGUUAAGCCUGUUCUGCUGAGUGCAGCUGCCGACGAUGAUGAAGAUGAGAAGGGCAAUGACGAAACUGCGGCUGAUGGAGCAGCUAAAACAAAAAAGAAGAGGAAGAAAAAGAAAAAGGCAGCUGAGGAGGGUGGAACAACUGGCCAGGUUGAAGUGCCAGACAAGAAGGUGGAACAUUCAGCUCAGCCGAAGAAGCAGCAGCCGCCUGUCCAGGGGCCUCCUGCCGCUGUCAAGCCUGUAAAAGCGUCUGCUAUUGAGUUGAGAUUGGAGCGAUCAGCGAAGGAAAACGUAUCGCAGAAACCUCUCGCCACACAAGUGCCACCGAAGCUACCUGAGGGACAAGCCACUGCUCAGAUCAACCCUCUUGCAACACAACAAAAACCUGACGAAAGCCAAGCAGCCAAGCCAUCGAAGAAGAAGAAGGCAAGGAGGGAGACAUGAGUCCACUUUUUAGUCAACCACAUGCAAAAGACUUGAUAUCCUGAUUAUGCAAGAAGAAAACAACUCUGAUCUAUGGUCGACUUGAUGGACUACCUUAAAUCCUGACUGAAAAACGACAACCUUUUUAUCCAGUCAGUCUGGAUCAUCAUCAAAAGUGAACCUCGAAGCAGCUGAAUCUAACGUCAUGCUUUGUGAAUUAAUUUUUAAACAUGCUUUUGAUACUGUCUUGUAAUUCUAUUAAAAUAAGUGAAGGAUAUAGUAGUUAGAAAUGUAGAUGUAAAGAAAUUGUUGUUGUGGUGACUAUGCGGUUACUCAGCAUGACAACACUGCUGAACUGGCCUUUCCUUUUCUUUGUCAGCCUUGAUGGUACAGUGAGCAUCGUUGAGUGGAAAAGGGUUGGAAGAUAUUUUAUUAUCUCAACAGUGUGAACAUGUCUGUAUUUUCAUGAUCUGUGAGAUUACAGCCGACUAAGUCCA